AUGCGGUUCAUGCUGCUGUUCAGCCGGCAGGGGAAGCUGCGGCUGCAGAAGUGGUACCUGGCCACCUCGGAGAAGGAGAAGAAGAAGAUGGUGCGGGAGCUGAUGCAGGUGGUGCUGGCCCGCAAGCCCAAGAUGUGCAGCUUUCUCGAGUGGCGGGACCUCAAGGUGGUCUACAAAAGAUACGCCAGCCUGUACUUCUGCUGUGCCAUCGAAGGCCAGGACAACGAGUUAAUCACACUGGAGCUGAUCCACCGAUACGUGGAGCUGCUGGACAAAUACUUCGGCAGCGUGUGCGAGCUGGAUAUCAUCUUCAACUUCGAGAAGGCCUAUUUCAUCCUGGACGAGUUCCUCAUGGGCGGGGAGAUCCAGGAUACCUCCAAGAAGAGCGUGCUGAAGGCCAUCGAGCAGGCUGAUCUGCUGCAGGAGGAGGAUGAGUCACCCCGCAGCGUGCUGGAGGAGAUGGGGCUGGCAUAGUGAGUGGCUGUGCCUCCCCCACUCCCCAUCCGUCCCUGGCUGCGUCGGACGCCAUGGGGGCCACAUGUCCAUCUUCCUCGCCCCACAGGGCCGCAGCCGGACGUGGGACCAAUUCGCCUUGGAGCCGCUGGGGGGGUGAGCCCCAUGAACUGUGUGUAAAUAUAUAGAUAGACACCACUCGGGGAGCCCCCCGCCCCGGGUCCGUCUCCUUCCCUGCUCCCGGGCAUUCUCCUGCCAGCCGGUGGCCGCUCAGAGCGGGGAGCCUGGGGAGGGGACUCGGGGGGCGGGGGCCUGUGCAGAGUGAUCACCCCUGCACAGCGAUCCUGCCGCCGCCCGGAGCAAUCGGGACCCCGCAGCUGUGGGGCUACAGGCCGAUCCCGGUCUCUCGUUUUCCCCGGCAUCUCCGUGGGCGGGGCGCUCAGGGCAUGUGCCCCCCCUUGGGGAAACGGGGUCCCCCCUUUGGAAUAAAGUGUGUG